AUGUCCAGAUACGACUCCAGAACCACAAUCUUCUCCCCCGAUGGGCGUCUUCACCAGGUGGAGUACGCUCAGGAAGCAAUUUCCAACGCAGGCACUGCCAUUGGCAUCUUAUCACAGGAUGGUGUUGUGUUAGCGUGUGAAAAGAAGUUUACGUCCAAAUUGCUUGAUAACGACGGCAGCGCAGAGAAAUUGUACCAUUUAAAUGACCAGAUGAUGUGUGCUGUUGCUGGUAUGACGGCUGAUGCAUCGAUUCUUGUCAACAACGCCAGAGUGACUGCUCAGAGAUACUUGAAGACAUACAACGAGGAGAUUCCAUGUGAGCUUCUUAUAAAACGGGUUUGUGAUGUGAAGCAAGGUUACACGCAGCAUGGUGGUUUGCGUCCAUUUGGUGUGUCGUUCAUUUACGCUGGCUACGACGAUAUCCAUAAGUUCCAGUUGUUCACAUCCAACCCUUCAGGUAACUAUUCUGGAUGGAAGGCCAUUUCCAUUGGUGCUAACAACUCGGCUGCCCAGACAUUGUUGAAGAAGGACUACAAGGACGAGUUGCUGUUGAACGAUGCAUGCGAAUUGGCUGUGAAGGUGCUCUCCAAGACCAUGGACGCCUCGAACAUGAACAGCGAGAAAUUGGAGUUUGCUACGUUGAGUGUGGGAAAGGAGAACGAAGUGGUGGUAAGAAAAAUCUGGAACGAUGCUGAGAUCGAUGAGUUGAUUAAGGUUUCCGGUGUUUUGGAAAAGGCCGACGAGGAGUAA